AAAGAAUGUCAUUGUCACGUCAAAAUGUCAAAUCAAACUACAAACAAAAAAUAUUCUCUUCGAUAGGAUCUGUCAAUCCGCAAAAAUGGCUCCCCGCUUCGAGAUUGCAGUUGGUUUAAGGAAAGGCCACAAAACCACUAAAAUAUCUGCAGGGAGAAAAGGAAUAACAGAUAAAGCUAUUAAAAUUCGACCAGCUAGGCUAAAGGGGCUGCAAACUAAACAUUCAAAGUUUGUCCGUGACCUGGUGCGCGAGGUGGUCGGUCAUGCCCAGUACGAAAAGAGGGCUAUGGAAUUGUUGAAGGUGUCAAAGGACAAGCGCGCACUCAAGUUCUUGAAGCGCCGUUUGGGCACACACAUCCGCGCCAAGAGGAAGCGUGAAGAACUGAGCAACGUUCUCACUCAGAUGAGGAAGGCCGCCGCCCAAGCCCACCACGCCCACCAUUAAGUGAAAAUAAAUCUGUAAAA